AUGACAAAGCUUGCUUGCCUCUUGUGCAACCACGCCUGCAUCUUUCCAAACGCUAAUCGCCAUCACAUCAUCCAGCCACGACUGGUUGCACUGCCCUCCGUCCGUCCCUCCCUCCACUGCACCCUCGUCCUCUAUAAGAGCAACCCGUACCCGCUCGAUCUUCCCGAGUCCGGUUUCAAAAUGUUCUCAUCCGCACGCAUCAUCCGCUCCCACACUUUGCGCACCGCAUCCAUUGCUCGCCCAGCCACCAUCGCUCCUCUUCAGAACCGACUCUUCCACGCUACCCGCCCAGCCAUGACUGUCCAGGUCGUCACCACCGCCGACGAAUUCCGUCAGGCCGUCGCAAACAACAAGGUCGUCAUUGUCGACUCGUACGCCGACUGGUGCCCGCCUUGCAAGGCCAUUGCCCCCAUCCUGGAAAAGCACUCCAACUCGGACGAAUUCAAGGACAAGGUGCACUUUGUCAAGUUUGACGUGGACAAGAUCCCCGAAAUCUCGCAGGAGCUCCGCGUCAGCUCCAUUCCCGCCUUCUUCUUCUUCAAGGACGGCAAGCAGGUUGAUAACUUUGUCGGCGCCAACCCCGCUGAGCUCCAGCGUCUACUCAAGACGCACUCGGCCUAA